AUGAGUGGCCCGCGUUACACCGGGGAGAGCCGGGCGCCAGAACGCGGGGCGGCGGGAGGCGGCGGUACCGGCUGCUCCGCUCCCCGGCUCCGCUCACGCCGCUCCAGCGUGCGGCGCCGGGCCGGUGUUGCGGGCAGCCCCCGGCAUUGCGCCCCUCGCCCUCCCUCACCCCGCCGGGAAGAGCCUCCCUGUGCCCUUCUGGGGUCCUGCCGGCAUUUCUCCAAGUUCGGUAGAGGUUGCGAUCGCUGCGCCGCGCGGAAAGGAUGGGGACAGGCACGAGUGGAAAAAUCAUCUCGUAAAAAGAAGCAGCUGUCGCUAGAAACUUUUAGGCUUGACUUUUUGCAAGGUGGGGUACCCGCCGUCCGGGCUGACCUCAGGGAGAGCCGGGGUGACUCGGUGUGCGGGAUGGAGCUCUGGGAGAGCAUGGUGUGGGAGCUGACAGAUGAAAACGAAAGUGUUUGUUCUCGCCCUGGUCUUUGGAAUGCCAAACCUGAGACUUGGAUUAUCACUUGCUUUUGUCUUCAACUACUCCUACUUAAUCCUCUUGUCAAAGCCCAGAGUUCCUGCGGGAAUCCAGUGACAGAUGAUGUGAAUGACAUUGCAAAAUUGGUUGGAAAUCUCCCAAAUGAUUAUAUGAUAACCCUUAAAUAUGUCCCGAAGAUGGAUAGUCUGCCUAAUCACUGUUGGUUGCAUUUGAUGGUGCCUGAAUUUUCAAGGAGUCUACAUAAUCUUCUCCAGAAAUUUUCAGAUAUUUCAGAUAUGUCUGAUGUUUUAAGCAACUAUUCAAUCAUCAAUAAUCUCACCAGGAUAAUUAAUGAUCUUAUGGCAUGCCUAGCUUUUGAUAAAAAUAAGGAUAUUGUAAAAGAAAAUGGUCACCUUUAUAAAGAAGAUCGCUUCAUUCCUGAGGAUUUUUUUAGGCACUUUAAUAGUACCAUUGAGGUCUACAAGGAGUUUGCAGACAGGUUGGAUAAGAAUGACUGCAUUCUGCCUUCAACAGUAGAAACACCAGAGAAUGAUUCCAGAGUCGCUGUCACAAAAACAUUUUUGUUUCCUCCUGUUGCUGCCAGCUCCCUUAGGAAUGACAGCAUUGGCAGUAACACUAGCAGUAACAAAGAGGCACUUGGCUUCAUUAGCAGCUCCAGCCUGCAAGGGAUCAGCAUAGCACUGACAUCAUUGCUGUCUCUUCUUAUUGGCUUUAUUUUGGGAGCCAUAUACUGGAAGAAAACACAUCCCAAAUCCAGACCAGAAAGUGAUGAAACUACACAGUGUCAUGACUGUCAAGAGGAAAAUGAGAUAAGUAUGUUGCAGCAAAAAGAAAAGGAACAUCUACAAGUGUAGCUGUUGCUUUUUCUCCCUCAACACUGUUACUGUUUCGUGUACUGGCAGGUAACAGUUCCAUGUUCGCUUCAUAAAUGAAGCAGCUUUAAGCACAUUCGUAUUCCUUCUGGAGUGACAGACUGAGUCUGCAUCUGUUGUUGCUGCCCAUGACUCCAUAGACGUGAUAUAGAAAUGAGGACAAUUUGUGUUUGUUACUGUGAACCCAACACUGAAUUGAACAAUGACGAGAAGAGUGUGCACUUAGCAGGACUGUAUCUUGUGUGAAUAUCUACCUUGUGUGGCGUUUGGGGAUUUUCAAUUGCAUUAGUAUUUGCAGCUGACUCUGCCAAACAAAGUACAUGUCCUGAACAAAAAGCAUCUUUCAAAUGCCUCCAACUAUGUGUAAUCAUUGAAAGUCAUAAAUACCUUUGCAUCCUUAAUUUAAGUUCUGUGUCCUCUACCUUACCUUGGUGUCUUCAGAUGGAGUUCUCUGAACUGACAGAAAACGCAGAAAUGGAUACAGAUAACAUACUCUUCAAUAUUGUAUAUAGAACUUGAAAGCAAAACCAUUCCAUGACCCCAUGUUCUAGCCUUUUACUUAUAAGGAGCUGUGUUUAUGCCUGGCAAAGGUCAUGUGUACAGCAACAUGUGGUCUCUGUCAGGUGCCAGGUGGCUGGUUGCCCACCCCAGAAAGCUUCAAGAAUUAAUCAGCGUUGGUGGUCUCUGUUCAGGAGAAGCAAAUACUGGAUGAAGACAAAGUAAACAGGAGGUGAAUGUACCUCAUGGAGCUUCGAAGCGUUAAGAGUAACUGCUGGGUGUGUGAACACUGGUGAAAUUUCCAGCCAUGCCAAGGGAAGUGAAAGUAAAGAGUCUGAAUUGCGUUCAAACAUCAGAAUAAAGACAAACCCAUGAAAUGCAUUUUAAAUGCUGAAGGUGCAUGCCAUUGAUACCUUGUCUUUAGAUGUAUAGCAUAGAAAAUCUGAAAGAUCCUGAGAGUGUAUUUAGCUUUUAUUUACAUCAGCUGUAAUUAAUGUUUGCAUUGUGUUUUAAGUGAUUUGUAAGCUGUAAUAUCCUGGCAUUCUCGGCUCUUAAAGUUAAUUCUCUUGAAACAAAAGAGAAAGGCUUUGUUUCCCACUUAUCUUCUGCAUCUAUUGUUGUUACAGCAUCCAUGGAAUCUGUACAGGACUGAUGUACAGGCAUGCAUUUUCAAGUAAAUUCUAAAAAUACCAUGGUAAAAGUUACAAGUGUA